GUCGUCGUCGCCGUCGUCUUUCACAUUCAUCCGGAUGUUUUGAUUGUCCCAAAGUUCCUAGCGCCACGCCUCCUCCGCCCCGACUGGAAUUAUCAUUAUGGCUGCGGUUUGUCCUGUACUCUCCUGCAGGAGCACCACACAGGACGACGACACUCUAUGUAUGGCCCCGUGCCAGACACGACGACCUAUCGCGUCGUCGACGUCGUCGUCGGUCGCCCGUCGAUAGGCCUUUGAACCAGAGCAGAGUGAAAAGAAAAAUCGAGACAAGUGCCUGGGUUAGGGGUCGACGCAUAGGCGUGAACUAUAGGAGGUAGAAUAUUUAAAGUUCUGUUCUGGGACCAGUGGAAAGCAUUCGUAACUUGGCUCUCGAAGAAAUAACAUCAGAAAUUGUGUGCUUGAGCAAUUGAGCUGGAGUAUUAGCAGAAAACUUGUGUGAACGAUUUGUGGUGAAAGUGUGAAAUUAUAGAAGCAGUAGCAAACAUGUGUGCCAAGAUUUUAGUAAUGUUUGCCUUUUGCGCAAUUUUGGACUAUUCAGUGGGAUCUGUUAUUCGUGAGAAAGUGCAGAAAAAAGAAGAUUUCAGUACAGCUUUCAAGAUCCUGUCGGCGUAUCGUGAACGACUGCAGAUUGAAGGACUAUACCCCAAAACUAAAACUACAGACAUUGCACCGUUCAGCGCUCACAACUUCGAUGAGCUUGAAGUUCUCCAGCUUAUCCCAGUGACAAUCAAACAGCUCCGGCAUCAUAAGCUGAGCAACGAAGAACAGAUCGCUCUGCAGAAAAUCUUCGGCAGCUUUUGGGAUCUGAUCGAAGAAGACGCCCACCGAAAACGUUCGGAACCGCGAAACGAUCUCCUGUCGGAUCUGUUGAGUUCCCGCGAGAUUCGCUUUGGAAAACAGGCAAUUCGUGGACAUCUAAAAAAUGACAUCAAAGGCAACACGGUGCAGAUGGUGUACAACCCGGACGCCUCCGGAACCAUCAAAUUCUCCGACGACCCCUCCACCGAACCCUCCCAGAGACUACUUCGAAUGAUAGCCGCGAUCUGCCAACAAGUCUACAAGGAACGUCCUGCGCAGAGAACACGCAACAAGCGAUCGGACUCGAUCAAUCUGGAGAACGUCAAAGUAACCAUCAAAGUUCCUCGCACGAAGCGAUCGUUGUAUUCGGCAGCGACCGCGAUCAAGAAAGCACAUGGCCUGACCGCGGAGGAGCAAAGGCGAGUCGACGAAGCAAACGAGGCGGCAAUUAUGGCAGCCGUCCUAGCGCAGAUAGGAAAUAACGGACUAGACCACGAAGACGAUGACAAUGACGACGAGUACGAUGACGAUUACUAUGAAGACGACGAUGGCGACUACCUGUUGGAGCACACUCCGUCUAGCGAAGCCGUUACCGAUCAGGUGUCGACAAAAGAAGCCGAGCCAGCGAAACGGCUGUCUGCUUCUAGUAAUGCAUUGGGGGAGGAGCGUUCGCCGGACUAUGCGUACGAUGAAAGUGAAGUUGAUGACGAUUACUAUUUGCGCGAUUUCAAGCCCAGGAUCAAUCCGGGAGAUUUUGAGAAUGCGUCGGUAAAUGAAUUGAUCAUGCUGGCGAUGCGGCAUCACGCAAGGAAGCAGAGUGAGCUAGGAUAG